ACUUUUUUACAAGGACAUGGAGUGAUGGGACAAGGAGUACUGACUUUAAACCGAAAGAGGGCAAGUUUAAAUUAGAUGUUAGGAAGAAAUUCUCUACUGAGGGGAUGGUAAGGCACUGGAGCAGGUUUCCCAGAGAAGUUGUGUGUGCCUCAUCCAUGGAAGUGUUCAGAGCUGGGUUAGAUGGGGCUUUGAUCACCUGGUCUAGCGGAGUGAACAGCUCAGCAGCAUCAAUCCUUAUUCAGACAAAAUAGCUUCUCAGGUCUUGUUUUGCCCCUGUUUUCCAUUGUUUCAGGCCUGGGGGGAGGACGUGAAGCUGCAGAAACUUGUUUGCCCCAUUGCUUUUGUUCUCCUGAGCCACACGGUCCAGUGGAUAGAGAGGGGGUCAGGUACCAUCUUGCCUUUGUCUGAGAAAAUGACGGCGGGUGCUCUCUAUGGAAGUGUUUUUGUUUGUUUGGUGGUGGAUACCCUUUUGGUAGCCAAAUAUGAAAUGCUUGUGAAGAUUGGUGUUGCACAGGAUGCUGCCCAGGAAAGGGCCACGCCCCCGUGGUGCAGCUCCUUUCAUGCAUCUUCCUGUUUGCACAGUCACAGCUGCUGCAGCUCGGCAGAAGACAACCUCAGGGAAAAGCUAAGCCAAACUUUUCAAACUGAGGGAGCCUUAAUAGCACGUGUCACCCAUAGACCCCAAAGGGCUUGGCAAUCAAGGAGCUUCCUGAAGAUGAAACCCUCUGCCAUCUAUGAGCUGUUAGUGGACAGUGUUGGGCCAUGGGACUUCACUGGCGGUUUUGUUCCUUGUGAACUGCUACUUGUCGGAGAGGAUGCCUACCCCGUGCUCCUGAGUGCUAAGAAGCAAGUUCUGAUUGCUGUUUCGCAGUAUGGGAAAGGCCAGAUGGUGGUUGUUUCCCAUGAAGGAAUCUUGAAGGACUCCAAGUCCCAGUUCCUCAGAAAUGCUGUGGAGUGGCUCAAGCCUUGCCCCGAGGCCCUGGUUGGCGUUCAUUCUCGGUUGGAUUCCCUCUCCCAGGUGCUGCUCAGGGCUGGCACUAAAGUACAGGCCGGGGCAGAGCUCAGCCCCUCCCUGGGGGUGUACUGUGUGGAUGCCUAUGACAGCUCGAAGGCGAAAGACCUGGUUGGCUUUGUAAAAGGGGGUGGAGGGCUCCUCAUUGGAGGCCAAGCCUGGCACUGGGCUAGUCAACAUGGCAAGGAGAAGGUGCUGUUCGAAUUCCCUGGGAACCAGGUGACCAGCGUGGCUGGCGUGUACUUCACAGGAAAUGCUGUGGAAAAAGGCAUCUUCAAAGUAGCUAAGAAAAUUCCAAAGAUCCCAUUAGUUGUCCCGCACCAGGCCAACCUCAGCCUUGACGCUGAGUUUCUCCUGCGUGAUGUGCUGGAGCUGGACUUGAUGACAGGGGGCAUUCCCUCCACCUUGCUGGUGCAUGGUGUACUCUCCUUCCCCCUCUGCCUGGACAGCUCGCACCGCUGCCUCUUGGCUGCAGCACACUAUGGCCGAGGCCGUGUUGUGGUGGCAACCCACGAGAGCCAUCUGUUCUCCCCAAAGCUGGCCAGAUUCCUGCUCAAUGCUGUCUGCUGGCUGGAUGCCGGGAGAAAGGGGCUGGUGGGUGUGGAUCCCAGCCUGAAGAAACUGUGUAGUCUCCUCUCUCUGGAAGGAGUGAAAUCACAGGUGUCACAGCUGACAGGUGACCUCAGCGUGUACUGCUGCUCUUCUUACAGUGACAGAGAGGCAGAAAGGAUUCACGCUUUCGUGGCAGAGGGAGGCGGCCUAUUGAUGGGAGGCCAGGCCUGGUACUGGGCUUCUCAGAACUGUGGCAAAGCUGCUGUGGCAGAAUAUCCUGGCAACAAAAUCCUGAACCGCUUUGGGCUGAGUAUCCUGGGGCAGAGUGGCCAGGCGGCCAAGCACCGGCCCGUGGGGCCUGGGGAGCACUACCACUUCCGCAAGGCACUCCUGCUCUUCAGCAAGCAGGUGAACAAAUGUGAGGAGCUCACUGAGCCCCUGAAGGACUGGCUGCACUGCCUAGCACGGGACUGUGCUGCCUUCCUGCACAUCCCAGCCCACGACUGCCCAGCAUAUGCCUCGCUGCACCGCAUCCUGACCAAAGUGCUUCAGAGAAGUGGGAUUCCACAGGUCAGCAGGCACUGCCCUGUCAAGAGAAACUCCAAAGAGGCAGUCCUGCUCUGCAUGGCAACUGAGCUGUCCCUCACCAUGAAAGACAGUGCAGCCCUGGUGCAGAAAUGUGCUGCUGGGGUCUGUGCCCUCCCUGUCACUGUGGAAAUUGAUGGCACAAACCCAGGCAAGACAGCCUGGAGGAGUACAGGACUCUACCUCCCUGAAGGGCACACAGCAGUUAUAACAUGCCCAUGCCUAGUGGUUGGUGCUGGUCUGAAGGUGCAGAUUGGGUGUCACACAGAUGACCUCUCUAAUGCCAAAGAGCUGAAAAGGGCACCAGUGGUAAUACGCACCUGUGAUGUUGCCUGCCAGAAGCAGUCCAUUUCUUGCCUCUGGGGUGGCCUGAUUUACAUCAUAGUACCAGCAAAGAGUGUCCUGGGGAAGGUGCCCAUCACAGUGGAAGGGGCAGUCAGAGCUCCUUUCUUCAAGCUUGGGGAGACCUGUGAAAGCCAGUGGAAGGCCUGUAUCCGGCACUACCCUGCUCCCUGGGCAGAACUGGCUGUUGAGAAUCUUAUCCUGACGGUGCCCUCAGACAGCAUCCGCCACAUGGAGAACCCACGGCCGCUGCUGACCCUGUGGAAUGAGAUCAUGGUGGCAAUAAGCAAAUUGGCAGCCAUACCAACAAAAUUCCCAAGGCCAGAGAGGAUUGUAACAGAUGUCCAGAUCUCGUGUGUAGGCUGGAUGCAUGCUGGCUACCCCAUCAUGGGCCACCUAGAUUCGGUGAAGGAGAUGUUAGAUAUGAAGCAUAUGCAAACUACUGGUGUUUGGGGUCCUAUCCACGAGCUGGGACACAAUCAACAGCAGCAAGCAUGGGAAUUUCCCCCUCAUACCACAGAGGCCACAUGCAACCUCUGGUCUGUCUAUGUUCAUGAGAAGGUGCUGGGGAUUCCCAGGCAUCCCCAUCAGGCCCUAAAAUCACAGUGUCGGAAGGAAAGGAUAGAAGAGUAUCUGAGGAAAGGCGCUCAGUUAAAGGACUGGAACAUAUGGACUGCUCUGGAGACAUACCUGCAGUUGCAGGAAGGGUUUGGUUGGGACCCCUUCACCCACCUCUUCUCUGACUACCAGAAAAUGUCCACCAUCCCAAAAGACAACCCUUCUAAGAUGAACUUGUGGGCACGGAAGUUUUCUCAGCAGGUGAAAAAUUUGGCUCCAUUCUUUACAACCUGGGGAUGGCCUAUCAAGAAAGAGCUGUCUCUGGAACUGUCCUCUCUACCCAGCUGGAACAGGUACCCAAUGAGAUCCUAUAAACCAUAAAGGAAAACUAUCCAAAUCUGAUUCUCAUACUAGCUAUGGCCUAUCUUUUUCUGCCUGUGUGCUGCAUGACAGCUCACUAUGUGCUUAGAUUGACACUGGAUUCUUCAGCUUUUUUGCUGACAAUGGAGGCCAACCCCAACAGAAAUUCAGCAGGAACUUGUCUGCAGAUCAGCAAUCUAAGCUAUCUUCUGAAAGAUUAAAUAACCAAUGAGCUUUGUUCUGGGUUCUUCACCUCAGAGGAAUGUAAAUCUGAGUUGAUUUAGUUCCUACAGAACCUUUCUCUGAUGAAAUAGAAGCUUUCAGGGUGAAGCAGUCACUGGAACAGUCUCAAGGACAGUAUCAAGGGAAUAUAGAUCUUUAAAGGCAAAUAGUAGCCUCCACAAUGUUGUACUCUUCAGUCAUACCCUCAGUGACAUGAGAUUUUCACUAUUGUUUUUCUUACCCUAAAAUCCCUAAUUUUUAAUUCCUCUAAUUAUGCAGAGCUUCCACACCUACUAUUAUGAUAGUGGACCUUGUAAUGUUUAUAUACAGGUUGUAUAAUACAGUAGCUGAUACUGAAAUGCUGUAGAUUUCUUCCUACCUUCUAUGACUCUGUGACCCAACAUGCAGCUCAUGUGUAUAAGUCAAUUAUAAGUUGUAGCUGUCACUCUUAACCAUGGUCCUGACAAUAAGACACAUGCCAAUGUAGAUGGGAGAGUGGGAAGCAAAGAGGUGACUUGAUUUGAUGUCAGUAAUGGUUUAACUCAUGGGAUCAUCAAAAGUUAGAACACAGGCACUGACCUGACAGCAUGAGGGAGCAGAGAGAAGGAAGACAAACUGUUCAUCAAGACAGUAAAAAAAGACCAGAAUAGAAAUUACCCAAAUACUUGUUACAACAGCUUUUCAUUUUUGUGUUGGCUCAGAUGUAGUUCUGAUUUCCCAAUGAUUUAUCGGCCUAAUAUUUUACUUUGUCUUUCAAACUUUUUUCCCUUCCUAUUGACAACUAGUAUGAGUUUAUCUUCCAACAAAGUAAAUGCAGAGGCCAUACAUAGUUUAAACAGUAUCUCAGUACUGGUUCGGAGGUUCGGAAGACUUAGCAUGGUAUAAAGAUUUAGACCUGACCCUACCUACAGAAGCAUAUUUCAUCCCUAAUGAGUUUAUGAAUAACGUUUAGCUUGUGUCCACUUAAAAAAUAUACAAAAUGUAUCAAAGUGCUAUCAGAUCUGUUAGCAGAUUCAGUAUAUAAACUGGGGGGAGUUGGCCAGGUGCCACUGAUCACAGCUCAGGGACAAGCUGGGCAUCGGUCAGUGGGUGGUGAACGACUGAAACUCUGCAUCACUCAGGUUUCCUGGGGUUUAUUCCUCUCUGUGUCUCUUUCUCUACCUUUCAGUGCAACUGUUGUUGUUAUUAUUAUCAUUAACAUUAUUGUUAUAUUUUACUUUCCUUCAGUUAUUAAACUGUUCUUAA